AUGUGGCCGGCCGGCGCGGGCACCAAGCUGCCCUGUCCCCGGGACUCUGCGCUCCGGCGGGCGGCUUUCUCUGGGAACCUCACGGCCCUGCCUUCUCACCUCGUGCCCGCCGGCCGCAGCGUCCGGGUCUUCAUCAGCGCCAAUCCCGAAGACACGGGAGCAGAAAGACAGGCACUAAGAGAAAAUGUGUACCCUAAACUGAGAGAAUUCUGCAGAGAAAACUAUGGAUUGGAAUUUCAGGUGAUAGAUCUGUACUGGGGAAUUGAAGAAGAUGACUGGGACAACCCAGAGCUCCAGAGGACCCGCAUGAAGCUGCUGGAGGAUUGCUUGAAAACUUCUGCAGGUCCAUGUUUUGUUGGACUAUUAGGUGAAAAAUACGGGAACAUCCGAAUCCCUGGGGAGGUGGAAGCCGCGGAGUUCGAGAUGAUUCUGGACGCCGCGGCCGAGGCAAAGCUGGAGACGCGGCUGCUGGAAGAGUGGUUCUGCCGGGACGAGAACUCCGUGCCGGCCGCCUACUACCUCAGGCCCAGGUCGGACGUGCUGAGGGCCCAGGGGCCCGCGAUGCAGCCUUCUGCCAAUGCUGAAAACGAGAAGACAUGGCAAGAGAUAUCAGAUGAGAUCAAGAAGAUAUUUAAGGCUGCUGUGAAACUAUUACAUGAAAAGGGUAAAAUGAAAUACAGCCAAGCUAAGAGAUACCUGUUCUCAGCUGUAGAGGAUGAGUUUGACUUUGCUCUAGGAAAGCAAACGCCAGCAUUCCUAAAGAAGUGUGUUUGCUACAUUAGGAAAAUUGCUAACAUUGAACGCUUCGUGAAAAUUCCAGAGAUGGGGAAAUACAUGGAUAUAACUGGAACAGAGCCAAGGAUUAUUCGGGACCCAGAAGCCCAAGAGAAGUUGAUAAAACUCAGGGAUGAAUUUAUUCCUACUAUCGUUGCAUCAUCUAAUCUGAGAGUGUACACAUCUGUUACUCAUUGUGACAUGAAACUAGGCUAUUCCCAAGAAAUAGAAAAUCAUUACAUUGAAGGACUUGGCAAACAAUUUUAUGAGGAUAUGAUUGAUAUAAUUCAGGCAACGGUGCAACAGAAUUUUGACACUGAAACGGACACACUCUACGAUGAAAUCCUUCAACAUUCGUCAUUAUGUAAAACAUACGCCUCCUUCUAUGAGUACAAAUGUGAAUCUCUAAACAUAGUGCAUAACUACAUUCUUCCAAGCAAAACUGGGCACAUCAAUCCUCUGAUUAUAUAUGGCGGACCGUGCACUGGGAAGACGCUUCUGCUAGCAGAAGUAGCAAAGAAGGCUUAUGGCUGGCUACAUGAAGACACGGGACCAGAAUCUGACCCAGUAGUAGUCGUGAGAUUUCUAGGAACAACAGACAUGAGUACUGACCUUAGGACUCUCCUUCUAAGUGUUUGUGAGCAACUGGCGAUUAACUAUCGGUGUCUGGUUCAAAGCUACCCUAAGAAGAUUCAUGACCUCCGUGAUUUAUUUAUAAACCUUUUGAAUGAGUCUUCACUGCAGAGACCUCUCGUCAUAAUAUUCGACGCGCUAGAGCAGCUCUCAGAGAAUGACGACGCCAGGAAGCUUUGGUGGCUCCCGGCUCACCUUCCCCGCUGUGUACGGAUAGUUCUCUCCACACUGCCCAACAAACAUGGGAUCCUGCAGAAACUCCGGUGCCUUAUCCACGAAGAAGACAACUACAUUGAGCUGAUUCCCCGGGACAGGAAGAUGUGCAGCCAGGUCCUCAAACACCAGCUGCUGCGAGUCAAAAGAAAAGUCACUUCAGGCCAGCAGAUUUAUGUGAACAACGCCUUCUCCAAGUGCACGCUGCCAAUGUUCGUGAACCUGACCUUCCGGGCGGUGAGACACUGGAGAUCUCACAAAGAUGUCGACGAAUCCUCCCUCUGCAUCACUGUUCAUGAAAGUAUAGAGCAGUUGUUCUGGUCCUUGGAGAAGAGGUGUGGUCAGAAACUGGUCUCCAGGGCUCUUGGCUACAUCACCAUGGCCAAAAUGGGUUUGAGUGAAAUGGAACUGGAGGACGUGUUAGCCCUGGACAACAGCGUGAUGAACGAGCUCCACGAGAGCAGCAGGCCCACCAACCCGCUGCGAGUGCCGUACUUGUACAUCGCCAGGCUCAAGGAGGGCCUCAGCGGAUACUUAAUAGAAAGACACGUGAAGAACGUCACACUCCUGGUCUGGGCCAACAGACACCUGCAGCUCAUAGCCCAAAAGCUGUAUCUGCAGGACGACGGCGAUCUGCGUGAAAUGCAUACCAUCCUGGCAGAUUAUUUUCUGGGGGUCUGGUCAGGGGGCAGGAGGAAAGCUUUCUGCCUUGAAGACCCCUACUUGAACGGCUGCCUUGACCUGGAGAGCAGAAGCCUGCUUGAGGAAGAAAAGCAUUUCGUGGAACAGGCUUCCUUUGACAGGCAGGCCCCGGACCAACCCUGGGUUUUCCAGUGUAAUCCGCUGGAGCCUGACAUCUUUUUCGUCAAUCAUCGGAAAAUGUGUGAGCUUUUGCACCACCUGACGAGGUGUGGAAAAACCGACGACCUGCUCUACGGCAUCAUCAUGAACUUCAGCUGGCUUUAUACCAUGAUCAAAAUUGGCCAGUUCGACAGAGUGCUCGUGGACAUCGAGCUGGCUUACAACUACUCGCAAGAGAAAGAGCUGAAGUUCCUGGCCAGCACCCUCCGUGCCAUCAAAAACAAGGUCAUUGCCUUUCCUGGCUCCCUUUCAGCAGAGCUGCAGCAAAGACUGCUGCCUGUUGUAAGUUCCCUGCCCAAACUUAGACACCUUCUUUUAGAAUGUGACAAAGAUGGGCCAAAAUAUUGCUCCAUUGUGCCGUUGCACUCCUCCAUGGAUGUGACGUACAGCCCCGAGCGUCUCCCCUUGUCCUCCAGUCACCUGCAUGUCACGGAGAUUCUGCCUACCUGCAACCCCAGUACUGUCCUCACAGCUUUAGAAAAUGGUUCCAUCAGCACGUGGGAUGUGGAGACUCGCCAGCUGCUCAGGCAGAUCACCACGGCCCAGUCUGUCAUCCUGGGCAUGAAACUCACCAGUGACGAGAAGUACCUCGUGGUGGCCACAACAAAUAACACCUUGCUGAUUUAUGACAAUGUCAAUUCUUGUCUCCUGUCUGAAGUGGAAAUCAAGGGGACCAAGCAUGGCAGCAGCUCCACCUACAUCAACGGAUUCACGCUGUCCGUCCACCACGCCCUUGCAUGGCUCGAGGCCAGCAAAGACGUCACUGUCAUCGAUCUGCUCUACGGAUGGCCGCUUUACCAGUUCCACUGCUGGUACGAAGUGACGUGUGUCCAGUGCUCUCUGGAUGGUGCGUAUGCUUUCUGCGGACAGUACCUGAACACCACCACCAUAUUUCAUUUAGGGAGUGGAGAAAAGUUAUGCACGGUGGCGUCGGAAUUCUCAGGUGGGUUUGUGAAGUUUCUUCUUAUCUUGGACACGGCUCAAGAAAUGGUCAUGGUAGAUAGUGAGGGAAGUCUUUCCGUUUGGAACACUGAGGACAUUUCCAGCCCCCAGCUGACUGAUGACUUCGACUGCCGCAGAGAAGACAGCGAGGUGGUCAGCAUUGAACUUUCAGAGGACCAGAGUGCAAUUCUGAUCUGUAAAGCUCUCAGCAUUGAGCUCUUAGAUACUGGCAUGUGGAAGGUGGGCGAAAAGUUCAGAGCCAAGCACAAUGAACGCUUUAUAUCUGCCGUGCUGUCCAAAAACGGAGACUGCAUCAUCGCGACCAUGGAAAAUACCUCAGCCGUGUUUUUUUGGAGGCGAGACACAGGACAGUGCAUGGCAAGCUUGCAGGAAAUCUCAGGUUCUAUUGUGAAGUUGGUGAAGUCUAGUCACCACAACAUGCUUCUGUCUUUAUCAACCAGUGGCGUGCUUUCCAUCUGGGACAUAGAUAUAAUCACAGCCAUGUCCAACAUAGAUAAGACUGGAAAACCCAUCCGAAGUCUGGUGUUGCCUGCUAGAGGGGAGAUCAUUUACUCCCUGGAUGGCUCCGAUUGUGUUCAUAAGUGGAACUUCAGUAGCGGGUUCAUCGAAGCUGUAUUUAAGCAUGAAGGAAUAGUUGAACACUGUGUGCUAACAUCCGCUGGAGACAUAAUGGUGACAUCAGAUGACAAGAGCAGCCAGUAUGUCUGGCACACCAGCAGCGGUGAAAACCUCUUUAGGAUUAAUGGGCAGAGAAUAUCUCAGCUGCUGAUCACACACAAUGACCAGUUUGUGGUCUCUCUGUGUGAGCAAAAUGCCUCCAGGGUCUGGAGGCUCGCCACGGGCCACAGGGUGUGCAACAUUCUGACCACUUUGCAGAAUGCCUUUAUCACCUCUGCCAACACCUUCGUGGUGGGGAUGACGAAAAGCAAAGUGUUGGCAGUCAGUCUUUGGACAGGAAGUAUCACCAAGAAAUUUUGCUGUGAAGAUGGGACCACGAUUGUGAAUUUCAAAUUAAUCCCCGACUGUCCUGACAUCGUCGUGUUUAUCACAUCGGCCGAGACCGUGAACCUCUGGAGUCUGACAGAUGAAGUGAUCUGUCGACGGGUGCAACUUCCAAACAACUUCCUGAAAAACCUGGAGGAUUUUGAAAUUUCUCCCAAUGGAAAGCUAGGCAUUAUAUCCAGGGGAGAUGAAAACAUCAACGUGCUGGAUUUACACAGUGGGAAAUUACGGGUGGUUCACGCCUCUGGGAUCAUCUGGCGGCAGAGGUUGUCUCGAGAUGGUCGCUACCUGGUAUACAUUUGUUUCCGAAAUGGGGAGGAGGAGGAUGAAAAUGGUGCGAUAUCCAGUUUAAUUGUAAUGAGACUGGCAGAUGGCAAAAAUAUCGGUGCUUGUUCCCUUUACAAAACACCAACUUUUCUUGCACUCUCUCAGAGGCACCUGAACAUCAUUGUGGGCUUUGACGAUGGGAGUAUAGGGAUAUACACAGUAGUAGACCGUGUAGAUGCUGCACUGAAAAUUAAAAUUGCCACUUCAAAUAGCAGACAAAUUUUCAACAAUGCAACACAGACAUCCAGGCCAAAGUGUAACAGCUAUUGUUUUAAAGUGUCUGUGGAUUGUUUAUGGAGAGAGUCCACUGAGGUUUUUGCAAGAGACAGCCCCAUCACAGUGAGCGACUCCGCUGAAUCCAAUGAAGCAACACCCUCCAAGAAAUACAACUCUUGCUAUGACCGAGUGUGCUCUGCCCUAGAAUCCAGGAGCCACAGCUAUGCCCCUGAUAACUGA